AUGGUGAUUGCUGGAGCUCCCGAGCCGUCGCCAGAGCGCGUUGCCGCCUGGUCGGCAGUGGUCGCCAAGCCUCAGUCUAAGCCCGGAAAGGCGACCACGGCGACGAAGCCCCCGGUGCCUCCGGCUCCGAAGCCCUCGACAACAUCCGCUGAAAAGCCUCCUCGCCCCGAACCCGCGGCUCCCCUUGCCGCAGCUGCCGCUCAGUCUGCGGCCCCUGCUGCUGCUGAGCGGUCCGCCCCGUCUGCACCAACUGCUCCCCAGGCUCCACUUGAAGCCCCGACAAAGACUGACGCCGCACUCCCGGCUCCCGCUCCCGUUGGGCCACCAGCUGCUGGCCACGAGCCGCAGACUUCUGCGCCUCCCUCGUCCCCGCAGCCGGCGUCCGCCACCACUGGCGGCCCGGCACAGUUGAUUGUGCCCCCUGCAGUGGACCCGGCUGCCCCUGUUGCGCCGCCCGUGGCUCAGCAGGCGCAGCUGGCGUCGCAGUCUCGUCCUCCCUCGCCGGACCGUCGCCUAUCUCGCCCCCAUUCUCCAGCGCCCCAACAGGAUCGGGCGUCCUCCCGGCGCCGGCGCAAUUCUCCCCGGCGCAAUCAUCAGUCGGGGUCGCGGUUGCAUCUGCCGCCCGUCCCACUUGUGGCAGGAGUAGAAUUUGUGGCUGUGGGAGGCAGAGCGGUGACGGCGGGUGGCCCGGCUCCUCUUGCCGUUGAGGAGCCAUUCCAGUUCCUUGCUCAGGCGCUGCAACCCCCUCGGGCCCGUGUUCCGGAGGCGACCCUCGGCCAGCUCUUCCGUCUCGCGGAGAGCUUUCACGCACUGCUUCUGAUACAGGUUCUUGCACAUUCGUCUCUCCCUGCGGCCCCCCCUGAGUUGUUCCUGGAUCGACAUCGCGAUUCUUGCCUGGACGCAGCCGAUCAGCUUGCAGGGCUGCUGGCGCCCGUGCUGGCUGCGCCCGCCGAGGGAGGCGUUGCGGCGGCGGGGCCGCUUGAUGAGGCUGUGCGCGGCUUGCGGCGCCAUUUGCGUGCUGGUUCUGGAGCCGCCGCGAUCGGCGCAAGCACGCUUGUGGUCCGGGAGCUGUGGCGCUCCCUGACGGGCGUUCUUCACGCCCUCGGAGCUCACCGCAUGUAG